AUGGUAGGUGAAGUCAAUUGCUCUAUUAGCAAGCAAUCGGCAUUAGGAACUUUAUUGAAAAUGUGUUGGCUAAUAAUUUGGGAUGAGGCACCUAUGGUAAAUCGUUGUGCUGUAGAAUCUAUAGACAAAAUGCUUAGAGACAUCACUGAUUGUAACUUGCCUUUUGAUGGAAAAGUAAUAGCUUUAGAAGGAGAUUUCAGACAGAUUCUACCAGUUCCUUCCUUUAUACAUUUAGCACUGGUUGAAAAUAUGAGAGCGAAGUCCGAUCCCAUUUUUUGUGAAUACUUACUUCGAAUUGGAGGUGGAACAGAACAAGAACAUACUUGCAACUACACAUAUGCUGAUCAUUUAUAUACGAUGGUCAAUCGUGUUAUUCUUACUCCUACAAAUGAAUGUGUUGACUAUAUUAAUGGACUUUUGCUUGAACAAAUUCCUGGUCAAAGUUUCACGUACUAUAGUUUUGAUGAUGCAAUUGAGAAAUUAGAACAAAGCCUGCAAGAAGACUUCUUGAAUACUUUGACACCAAAUGGUAUUCCACCUCAUGAGUUGAAACUGAAGAUGAAUUGUCCUGUAAUGUUAUUACGAAAUAUCAAUUCUUCCGAGGGGUUAUGCAAUGGAACACGCCUUACCUGUCGAAAAUUUGAGAGAAAUGUCAUUCUUGUUGAAAUCACAACUGGUGAAUAUCGUGGAAAACAAGUUUUCUUACCUAGGAUCCCUUUCAUACCUCUUAAAACUGAUCGAACUACGAUUCCAUUUAAAAGGACUCAAUUUUCAAUUAAACCAUGCUUUGCAAUGACAAUAAAUAAAGCACAGGGUCAGACACUUGAUUUCGUGGGUUUGUACCUACCAAAACCAGUUUUCAGCCAUGGUCAAUUAUAUGUAGCACUGUCAAGAGCAAAAAUAACCAGAUCUAUUAAAGUUCUACUCAAACCGACCAAUGAAAUCAUACGCACAACUCAUAUACUUCCUAUAUCUUUUAUCAAUUACUGGGAACCAGAAUUAGGUAAUACACUACGAUUAACUGCAUAUGAUGUAUUUGAAUCUAAUGGAAGUUCAAUGUUGAAUAUGAGUAUAUUUGAUCAUAUCCUACGAAGAAUUACAAAACACCAUUUGCGAAGACAUGUGCAAAAUGUUCGAAUCCUCGACUAUUUACUUCACUACUUGGAUAUCACUGCAAAUUCAGGAGAAAAUGGUGUAAUGCGCCGGCUUAGCGUAGGUUGGGCAGAUUUUCUAGUAGACAAGUAG